GGUAAACUCAUGGUUUUGGAUCUACCAGCGGGCUUCAAACUAGUAUGGCUAACUAGCUAUAUAGCUAAUUGUUUUUUCGGACUAACAUUAGGGGUGUAUUCCAGUUUGUUUAGAAAAUUGCGUUUGAUUAUAAAUUCUGUAGGUGUGCAGUCAUAGGAUCUAUUAGCUAUCGGUUUACAUUCCUUUCUUGUUCUAGAAAGUCAAUCUAUCGAUUAUUAACACAUUACAUUCAGUUAACUAGCUAGCUCUCGCUGCGCUGUAUUUUUCCACAUUCAAACGGAACUUUACUUUUGAUCAAUUUGGCGGAUCCGAUCAUUAUUCAGCUGUAAACAUCACAUUGGCGAGUUCUGUGAAGCUGAACACGCUAGCUAGCGUUAACCUUAGGCUAUAUAGCUAACGCCAGAUCCCUCGUUAAUUUAGCUAUCUAGCGCGCUAACUACUGUUUAGUAUGGCCGAGAGACCAGAGGACCUUAACCUUCCGAAUGCUGUCAUCACACGCAUUAUUAAAGAGGCUCUGCCGGAAGGGGUAAAUGUAUCCAAAGAGGCAAGAAGGGCAAUAUCUCAAGCAGCCAGUGUAUUUGUUCUAUACGCAACAUCAUGUGCCAACAGCUUUGCCAUGAAAGCCAAGAGAAAGACUCUCAAUGCCGGAGAUGUGAUGGCGGCUAUGGAAGAGAUGGAGUUUGAGCGUUUCUUACCACCCCUGCGUGAAGCUCUUGAGGCCUACAAGAAAGGGCAGAAAGGCAAAAAAGAGGCAUCAGAGCAAAAAAGGAAGGACAAAGAGAAGAAGAAUGGCACAGAGGAGAAUGACAAAAGCCGUGAGGAAGAGGAUGAUGAAGAAGAGCACAUGGAAGACGAGCCGGAUGCAGAGAAUGAAGGAGAGGAGGAGGAUGUGGAGAACUGAGGUGGGGGAUGGUGUGGUGGCAGAUUGGCGCUGUUUCGAAGCCGUCCUGGUUCACAAAGAGCACGGUACUCUGAUACAUGUCCACUCCUAGGAAGAAUAAGGGAGAGGAAUGGAAGCAAGCAACCAGCACUUGUUUUGAAUAAAAAUAGGGCCAUUACAUCUAAACCUCAGUUAAAAGGUAGCAAGGACUUAAAUGAUGGUAAUGCUUUGAACUGUAAAAUGGCCCUUGUCUAACAUCUUGCUGUUCUUGUCUACCUUUUUAAAAAUCUUUCUAAUAGAGGAAGUGUGUUAUAGAUGCAGGUUUUUUUUUUUAAACUGGACUUUUUUAAACUUGUCUGGUCAAGUUGUACACUGAGUAUAUUCACUAUAGUAGGUCUGGUGCCAUCUGCACAUUCCCUAAGCAUAGAAAUUUAAGUUUUAUAUUUCAGCAACAGUCUUGUGACUGACUCAAUGCAACUAGAACUGUGAGGGGUUUUUUUUUUUUCCUUUUUUGUAUAAUUUAUGUUCAAAGUUCAUUGUUUGUACUCCAGUCAGGAAUUUUAUGGGGCUUCAUACUCAUGAAAGAUGGCUGGGGAGUGAGACUGGCAGUACUUCCUGAAAAGCAUCAAAAGUUUCAGGGAAUGUGAAAAAUGCACAUAUUAAAACCAAGGCAGGACUGUUUUGAGCAACUUUAAAGAGAAAUGUUCCUCUGUAACUGUAGGUCAUGCAUGAGUGAUCUUUUUGGUUUGGAGUCUGACCUAAAGUGCAUUUGUAACUUCCAAUCAAUUUGUACUUUUGUAGAAUUGAAUCAGCCCCCCUCUGGCUGUAUUUCAUAUUAAAGGUUUUUGUGUAAACAAA